AUGGUCAAAUUCAAGCCCAACGAUGCGGACUAUGACAGUGUCCUCGAAAGACUUCAAGGUGUUGCUCAGCGAGCACUGAGAAUUGUAUUGGCCUUUGUAUAUUGGCUCCACGACUCGCACCCUAAUGUGCCAGUUUUCUGGGUUCAUGCCAGCAGCGCAGACAAUUUUCGUAAGGACUACGCCGCCAUUGCAACGCAAUACAAGAUUCCCGGACACGACGACCCGAAGACAAACAUUCUAUCGCUCGUCAAAACCUGGCUAGAGACAAGGCUUCAAGCCCAGUGGUUGAUGGUGAUCGACAACGCAGACGACCUGGAGCUGUUCUACCAGCACCAACCUAUGGAAGUUUCGACAGGAACGACCUCACAGCAAUCCAACGAAGAAAUCAAACUGGCUGGAUAUAUCCCGAAAUGCGACCAUGGAUUGAUCCUGAUCACAACAAGAGACAGGAAACUUGCAGUAGAUCUGGUCCCUCAACAGUCCCCCGUCGAGAUACACCACAUGACCCAGGAAGAGGCUCACCUCUUUAUGUGCAAAAUCUUGGACAAGCGGCAGCGUAUCUCCUAA